AUGACUCGAGUUUUAUCACCAGAUGUUACGAAACACAAGUUACAGAACGAUGAUUAUAAGAGACACUACGCCCUCGAUGAGGUACUCCACAGCCAAUUGAUGGACAUCAUGGCAUGGCUGAAUACAUCAUCGGUUGGGAGUAAAUGGAGCUACAUUGGUGUCGGCAGAGACGAUGGCAAAGAAGCUGGAGAAUACUCUCCUAUUAUCUACCGUAAAUCGGUUUGGCAAGUUGUUGAAUGGCGGACUGUCUGGCUGAGCGAGACUCCUGAUAAGCCGUCUAAAGGAUGGGAUGCUGCCAGCACAAGAAUUGUCACAGUUGGAGUCUUUGAGCAUCGGGACUCCAGACAAUCAGUGCUCGCCAUGAGUACCCACUUCGAUGAUCAAGGGGUUAAAUCUCGCCAGGAAAGUGCGAAAUUGAUUAUAGACAUCAUACAGAAAGAAGCCAAUACAAAAGGGUUUGCGGCAGUCUUGCUUGGAGGAGACUUCAAUAGCCCUCCUGACGAUGCCGCCUAUCAGAUCAUGACUGAUUCUGAUUCUCCUAUGGAAGACAUUGGCCUGUUGGUUCCGAAAGAGGGAAGAUACGGUAAUGAGCUUACCUUCACCUCGUUUGGCCAUGUGGACAAUACACCGAGUCGAAUCGAUUUCAUAUUUGCAAGAAAAGGAGACCAUGUCAGCUACCUCACCUAUGCAGUUCUUGCAAAUCGAUUUGAUGACGGUGUGUAUUCGUCUGAUCAUCGAGCUUGCGUAGCAGAUUUGCGGAUCCGCUAUUGA